UACCGUUCUCUUUAAUCAGUCAAUCAACAACGGUGACGUACUGUAGUCGCGUCUCUACGGAGUCCAGACUUGUCUGCUUCAUUUCUCCGGGCCACUUCUCGGCCGUGGACCACACGCGUGCCCCAAGACCUCAUCCCACCAUGCCCACCUUUUUUAACCGGCUUAGAGUUUGCCACCGGAGCCCGAUUCCUCUUCUAGUGCCCGGGCUAAAAUGUCCAUAUGGGUCACACCCAGUGCCGGUUUUACCGUAGGGCCAGAAAAGCCGCCAGAUGUUGGGGGCAAGGCUCCAUCACGCUACAUACACCCUCACUUCUUCUGCUUGGACAGGCUCCAAAGGUGUCGCUUACCCUAAAGGGGAAACCCCCUUCCAUGCACAGCGGAAGACUAAGGAAAGCUUAUGUGAACAAGAGACGAUUAUGCAGGGAGUUAUCGAAGAAGCUUCAACGUUCAAUAGCAUUGCCACUAUUGGGUCUGCAGGGACCUCUCCCCCUGCCCCCCCUUUCUUGCAACCCUCGUGGGACCCCCCAACUUGCUGCUCCUCGCAAUAAUCAAGCUAAAACAAUCUAUAUGCAAGUCUAUCUAUCUCUCACUGCCCCUCUUCCCCUCCCCUCUGGUCCACUUUCCAUGGUUUUCGACUAUUGGUUCAAGAUCUUCGCUGCACCCCAUGUCGUGGGGAGAGAGGGGUGGAAGAGGGGAGAUACAGAUCGGUAGAUCGAUCAAGAUAAUCGCCAACGCCACCCGCAAGUCUAUUCCCUGUGCUGGCUCACUUCAGUGCAAGCCAACCGAUAUCGAGGAAUGGACAAUCCCUCUUUCU